CAUCCGCAUCCAUCAUCAUCAGACGACGGCAGCAGCAUCAUCGCGGAAUUGCGUGAAAAUAAGUGCGCUGUGUUCGUUUGAAUUCUGUUGUCCAUUUACCGGAAUAAUCCUCGAUUUUACUGUACCCACUUUGCUGAGAGGAUGGCCGAUCGGGAAGAAUUGAUCAAACAGUUUUCCGACGUCACCGGAGUGGCCGAGGACAGAGCCAAAUUCUUCUUGGAGGCAGCCAACGGAGAACUACAGGUGGCACUGUCCAGCUUUUACGAGGGUGACAAUGAAGGCGAACGGCCAGCCAUACCCAUAGAUGAUGAUGACGAUUCAGACGACGAUAACGUUCCGAUGGAUUCGGUUCAUCUGUCGCGGUCGGAUGCCAAAUCGAAGGCUAAGAAGGCACCGAAAUCGAACAAGUUUGCUACACUAGCCUCUCUGAAUGAUUCAUCGUCGGAGGAUGAUGAAGAGCAAGGACAAGCAUUCUACGCUGGAGGUUCGGAACGUUCCGGCCAGCAGGUCCUGGGUCCUCCGAAGAAGAAUCCGAUCAAAGACUAUGUCUCGGAGAUAUUCCGGUCGGCCCAGCAGGGUAAUCUGGAAACGUUCGAAGGCGAAGCGAGUCCAAGUUCCAGUUCCUCGCUAUAUGUCGGAACCGGCUAUAGAUUAGGGCAAACAGACAACGACCAUCAGGCCAUUCCGGAUCGGCAAAGAUCAUCCGGACGUGACACGGACCAUAAUCAUGAAGUCGUCACCUUGACCCUCUGGCGCCAAGGUUUCUCCAUCAACGAUGGGGAACUGCGUCGUUACGAGGACCCAGCCAAUAAGGAGUUCUUUGAAUCGAUUAUGCGCGGAGAAAUACCGGCCGAGCUGCGUUCCAAGGGUCCCACCAUGAUUCACCUGGAUCUCAAGGAUAACCGCCACGAGGAUUAUGUGAAACGUUCCGCGCCAUUCAGGGCCUUUGGGGGGAGUGGCCAAACUUUGGGCAGUCCGGCUCCCAAUGUGGUGGAAAGUGCGUCGGCAGCUGCCGGCAACAGCGAGGAAAAUGAGAAGAAGGCAGCUUCCGGCCUGCAGGUGGAUGAAAGUCAACCGACUACGAAUUUGCAGAUUCGAUUGGCCGAUGGAUCCCGUUUGUCGGCUCGGUUCAACCAAAGCCACACCGUCGAUAACGUACGGCAGUAUAUUACUAACGCUCGUCCGCAGUACGCAACACAAAACUUCGCUCUGAUGACCACAUUCCCCCCGAAGGAGCUCUCCGAUGGCUCACAAAGCUUGAAGGAUGCGGGCCUGUUGAAUGCGGCGAUAAUGCAACGUAUGAAGUAGUAGUUAGGUCAUUGCAGAUGCCAACGUGUAGGUAGAGGUGAGUUUCAUUCAUGGUGUUUCGGCCUUAAGUCUCUGUUUGUCGGAGUGCUGCACAUGUCAGCGGUGUACUAUUAUUUUUCGAAAGCGAGGCAAAGCACAGCGAGUGGUUCAGACUGAAGGUGUGCAAAUCGAAAUCCGUUUCUCUUCUUAGUUAUGUCGGUGGUAAGUGCCUAUAAGGCCUCACAUCAUUCACUUCAAGCUUACUCUCUGGAGUUUUUGAAACAGUAGCAUAGGAACCCGAUCAUCAAAAAUCACCGGUGAGAAUCUGUUUGGAUGCGUGAUUCACACUAUUCUAAUAACUUAUAAUUUCAAUGAAUUAGUAUAUAUACAUACUGGCUUACACGAUA